AUGCUGUUAAUAACAAAGACUGUACUAUCCUUCGCGUUGGUAGUCGCCAAUCCUGUUGCCGCGGUGUGGCCGAUUCCGCAGAACAUCAGCACGGGCGACACGACGCUCUUGAUCAAUGAGAACAUUGCUGUCACCUACAAUGGUGUAUCUCUCACAUACACGCAUGGAUACGAGGCAUCCGACAUCCAGAACAGCGAAAACAUAGUACAGGGUGGUGUCUCGCGGGCGCUUGACGCAAUCUUCCAAACCGGUCUCGUUCCGUGGAAGCUGCACCCCAAGAACAGCCUCUCUAGCUUCGAGCCCGAUUUGAAAACGAGCAGCAGUCUGGCGUCGGUACACUCGCUAGUUAUCAAGCAGACGACCCUGGACACGACCAACACGACAAAGGCCAAGGCUGGCACGGUGGAUGAGUCGUACGGCCUGACAGUCAGCGUGGACGGGGUGGCCAGCUUGACGGCCACGACAUCGGUUGGCGUUCUGCGGGGUCUGGCGACGUUUGAGCAGCUUUUUUAUGCGCACACGUCGGGCACGGCGUGGUACACGCCGCUGGCACCAGUUGUGAUCAAGGAUGCGCCCAAGUAUAAGCACCGAGGAGUGAUGCUAGACGUGGCACGCAACUGGUACGAACUGACCCACAUCUACCGGACAAUCGACGCGGUGGCCUGGAACAAGAUGAACCGGCUGCACCUGCACAUGACGGACUCGCAGUCCUGGCCGCUGGAGAUCCCGACAAUGCCAGAAAUAGCAGCGAAGGGGGCAUACCGGUCUGACCUGACGUACACAUCGGAUGACCUGAAAGCUCUGCAGCGGUACGCAGUAGCGCGUGGCGUGGACUUGGUGGUGGAGAUCGACAUGCCGGGCCACAUCGGCUCGCUGGCAUUGUCACACCCCGAGCUGAUUGUGGCGUACGACGCGUUUCCCUACUUCUGGUGGUGCGCAGAGCCUCCAUGUGGGGCGUUCAAGCUCAACGACACGGCGGUAGAUGCAUUUGUGGAAAAGCUUCUCGACGACGUACUGCCACGUGUAGCGCCGUACUCGGCGUACUUCCAUACGGGUGGCGACGAGCUCAACGCCAACGACUCACGGCUCGACCCGGGCGUGGGAACGGAUUCGAAGGCGGUGCUGCAGCCGCUUCUCCAGCGCUUCAUCGACGCCAACCACAAACGGGUACGGGCAGAAGGCCUUGUGCCGAUUGUGUGGGAGGAGAUCCCGUUGACCUGGAAUGUGACGGUGGGUAAGGACACGGGGGUGCAGACGUGGCUGGGUGCCAGCUCGAUCAAGGAAAUGACCGGCCGCGGACUGCAGGUGGUGGACAGCAACUACAACUUCUAUUAUCUCGACUGCGGGCGUGGACAGUGGCUGAACUGGGACAACGGGUUGGCGUACGCGGCCGGCUACCCAUUUGGCGACUGGUGCAGUCCGCACAAAAACUGGCGGCUGGUGUACUCGUACGACCCGGUGACGUCAGCCGGGCUGACGGCGGAGGAGGCGGCGCUGGUGGCAGGCGGCGAAGUGGCGGUGUGGAGCGAGGCGGCUGACGGAACGAACCUGGACGGGCUGCUAUGGCCACGGGGAAGCGCCGCUGCAGAGGCGCUGUGGUCGGGCAACACGGAUCCGGCGACAGGGCAGAACCGCAGCCAGCUGACGGUGACGCCACGGCUGGCCGAGUGGCGUGAGCGCAUGGUAGCCCAUGGCGUUAUGGCAGAACCGGUGCAGAUGGUGUGGUGCACACAGGCAAACAACUCGACCGAGUGCUCGCAGCCAACAGGACCGGGAUACUAA